AUGAAUCUCCUUGCACGAACUGCCUUCCGCCAAGUGACCCGCGUCGCUACACCCCUCUCCACCAGGUCCCUCUCUCUCUUCGCUCGCUCCCCUAUCCUUACUCACUUGCCCCGCGCAGCCCUCUCCAAGACUGCGGUGACUCUCAACAACAACUGGCUACAGACACGCGGGAUGAAGACAAUCGAUUUCGGAGGCACAAAAGAAGUCGUCUACGAACGAAGCGACUACCCACCCGCAAAACUCCAAGAAACCUUCAAGAACGACACCCUCUCCGUCCUCGGCUACGGGCCCCAAGGCCGAGGUCAGGCCCUCAACCUCCGCGACAAUAACCUCAACGUCAUCAUCGGAACUCGUAAAGGCGCCUCCUGGGAUAAAGCCGUCUCUGAGGGUUGGAUCCCUGGUAAGACCCUCUUUGAGAUCAACGAGGCCUGUGAGAAAGGCACGAUUAUCAUGAACCUGUUGUCAGAUGCGGCACAGUCCAAGCUUUGGAACCAGAUCAAGCCGUAUUUGACAAAGGGCAAGACCCUUUACUUUUCACACGGGUUUUCGGUCAUUUAUGCGGAUGAUACGGGGGUGAUCCCACCAAAGGAUAUUGAUGUGAUCUUGGUUGCGCCCAAGGGGUCUGGUACGACGGUGAGGAACUUGUUCUUGGAGGGGAGGGGGAUUAAUGGGUCGGUGGCUGUUUAUCAGGAUGUCUCGGGCAAGGCCAAGGAGCGUGCGAUUGCGCUGGGGGUUGGUGUUGGGACGGGUUACUUGUAUGAGACGACUUUCAAGCAAGAGGUCUAUUCAGACCUCUAUGGCGAGCGCGGUGUGUUGAUGGGUGCCAUUCAGGGCUUGUUCCUCGCACAGUACGAAGUCCUCCGAGCCCAUGGCCACUCUCCUUCAGAAGCAUUCAACGAGACGGUCGAAGAAGCAACCCAGUCCUUGUACCCAUUGAUCGGCGCCAAUGGUAUGGACUGGAUGUAUGCCAACUGCUCUACCACGGCCCAGAGGGGGGCUCUAGACUGGUUCCGUAGGUUCCAAAAAUUGAACCAGCCGUUGUUUGAAGAGUUGUACCAGAGUGUAGCGGAUGGGACCGAGACUCGUAGGUCGCUUGAGAAGAACUCUGCGCCGAAUUACCGUGCUGAGCUCGAGGUUGAGUUGGCAGAGAUUGCGGACCAUGAGAUGUGGCGCACUGGCAAGGCUGUCCGCAAGCUCCGCCCCGAGAACCAGUAG